AUGGACGACAAGUCGCAGCCUCCCCAGUACGGCCAGCCCGCUUACGGCCAGCCAGGCUACGGACAGCCUCCCCAGCAGUACGGCCAGCCCGGCUACGGCCAGCCGCCUCAGCAGUACGGCCAGCCAGCCUAUGGCCAGCCGGGAUACGGCCAGCCCCAGCAGCCAUACCAGUACAACCCGCAGCAGCCGUACCAAGCCGCCCCUGUUCAGCAGUACCCCCCGCAGCCGAGCUAUGGCCAGCCGCCCCAGCAGCAGUACCAGCAGCCCCCGCAGCAGCAGUACCAGCAGCAGCCGACCAUCAUGCCCGACCCCGAGGAGGAGAAGCACCGCAAGGACCACAAGAAGUCGGGCAAGGUCAAGGAGAUCUUCUCCAAGGUGAGUAUCCUCGUUGUGCUCUAG